AUGGAGGCACCGCCACCCACCGCCACCGCCACCGCCACGAAGCUCCGUCUUAUGUGCAGCUACGGCGGGGAAAUAACGAGGCGUCCCCGCACGAACACUCUGUUCUACGCGGGCGGAGACAACCGCAUCGUUUCAAUCGACCUCCGAAGCGUGACGACCCUCUCUUCCCUCCUUUCUCACCUCUCUUCCGCUCUCUCCCUCUCCUUUCCCUUCACUCUCAAGUACCAACUUCCCCACCUCGACCUUCACUCCCUCGCCCCACUCUCCUCCGACCAAGACUUCCACUCCCUCAUCCACCACCACCACCGCCACCACCAUCACCGCCGCAUCAGACUCUUCCUCUUCCCCACUCCUCUCAACAUAUGUUACCGAGACUCUGUUCCUGAAGUUCACUUACUGCCGCCACCUCCUUUGCUUUAUCACUCUCUAUACCUCUUGCCUUCCACUCUACUCUCAACAUAUGCAAGUCUCCAACCACAACUUUCUUUUUAUCCAAUUCCAAUGAAUCAUUCUCAAUCUCAAUCUCAACCUCAAUCUCAGAAUGUAUCCCCCCACGGCCAGCAUGGAAAUGAUUCAAAUGAACUUGACAAUGAUCUUGCUCGUCUUCAGAUAUACAAAUCUCAGCCCCCGCCUCCCCCAUUGCCUUCUAAAUAUGUAAUGUAA